CGGCCUUAGUGGAACAUUGGUGCUGCAAGCUCGAACGAAGGCCUUCAACGCUAGAAUUAGAACGUCUAACAAAUCGAGCCUCCCCAUAAAUUCAAAAAACAAGCAACCUUAACGACGGGCACUGAGUUUUUUCCGUAUCCGUACUUAGAACCCAUAGCGCCGGCUUGCCGCAGAACACAUACCGCACGAAACCACGAUGACCGGGGUGCAGCUGCUUUCGCCCCGAAGAGAACACCAAUCACCCCGGCAACGAUACAACACCCACAAAAGAUCAUCGUCAUCAACCAAGCUGGUGGAAUCCUCUGUAUUUUCGUCCCUGUCCGGUGCCAUCAACACUAACAGCACCAGCAACACCACCAGCAACACCACCAGCAACACCAACAGCAACACCAACAGCAACACCAACAGCAACACCAACAACGACCGUCGCAGCAACAACCGACGACGAAAUUCGCUGACGGGAGGGACCUGCCACACUCGUUCGAGCGACCCAAACCCCCCGAACCACCGUUCCACGAAAUCUCUGCCUCUGAGGGAACUCACCGACGGUGGCAGCAGCAGCAGCAGCAACCUCAGCCAAAGGAGCAGCAGGAGCACCCGGUCCACCCGGACGAACAGGAGCAGCAAACCACCCACCCACCGCCGAAGCAGCACCAUGGGCGAGGAGGACAAGGACAAAUCACGGGCCGGAGAGGAGGAAGAACACGAUGAAGACUGUUCUUAUUACUACGAAGAAGAAGCCGAAACCGGGGAGUUGGAGCUGAACGACGGAGACGACGAGCCGAGGGACAGCUCGAGGAAGGARGGCCGGAGGUCYGCCCGCCGGAAGUACCGAAACGAGUCUCCCAGCCGCCUCAAGAGGCGCUCCGUGACGAGGGACCAGCGCAAGGCCAUGCUCCGCUCGAGGUCCAGGGACAGCAACGACGACGAGGACUCKAUCCUCUCCGCUCCCCCGGAACGGGCCCGGUCCCGCAGCAAGGGCUCGACGCGGGCGGGGCGGACCGCGGAGGGAGGCAGCGGCAACGCCGGGACGAAGCUCCGGGUCCGGAGCAAGGCCUCCCUCGCCGGGGGUGACGAAGCCCCCUCCCACAGCGAGAGCGACGAGGGAACCACGAGCGCCCACUCACGCCGCCACAGAAGCCAGAGCCGCCACCGCCACCGGAGCCAGAGCCGCUCCAGAAACGACGGAGACGGCGAAGGUGGACGCGGGCGUUCCAGCGAAAGCGACGACGACAAGGACCAMAGCACCCACCGCAUGCGGAGGGCAAGGUCCACCUCCAAGGGCCACAGCGCGACGGUCCGCCGGGACCGGAGCAAGUCCCGGACCGCGGAAGGCACGGGCGAGCGACGGCGGACGAGGUCCGGAACGGGGACGAGGGUUCGUUCGGCGGCCCGCUCGAGGUCGCAAGACGUGGGCGACAGAGACCGUUCCUACCGUUCCUGCGACUUCUCCUGCGACGGGGACGAGGACACCCGGAGCGUGGCCUCGUCCAAGGCCGGAACCACUAGGCGGGGUAGGCGCCGGCAGAAGGCCGYAAGCGCGUCUCCAACCCGGGGGGGCCUUUCSCUGGGAGACCAGUUGAACCAUUUGAGCGCCAACCGCCCCGGCGGCCGGUCCGAGGGAAACGACGAGCUCUCCCACGUCACAGAGGAAUCCUCCCUGCGGAGCGGCUCGAAGGCCCAGCCCAUCCUACUCCAGUUCGAUCCCACCCGGGACGACAUGGUGCAUGCCGUCAACCAGACAAGGGCCACCAAGACCUCCGAUACCAUCCACCAASCGGACGGGAAGUCCUCCAGGCUGGAAAUCAGCAAGCUGGAUGGGUUGCUGCCGACCUUUGAAAAACCCAGGAGCGCCAAAUCUGAUUGGAACGGCACCAGUGACACGGAGUCCACCACUCGUUUCGGCAGCGACGACGGCAUGGAAAGCGAGACCAACCCUGGCCAGGCAAAYAACAAGCUGAGCAACCUGGUCCAGGCCAAGAAAUCGGCCUUUCUCCAGAAGGUUCAGAAGGGCAAGGACGAGGUCAAGGAGCGAAUCGAGAAGGCCAAGAAGAGCACGGACGACGUCAAGGAGAAGCUGAGGAACAACCCCACGAUCAUCCGGCUCGGCCUCAAGAAAYCCAAGGACGAUUCCGGCCAGAAGGACGGGGACGACGAUAGCACCGCCGAGGACGCGGCCCUGCUGGCUUGGAAGGAAAAAAUCCAGUGCCGGUCCAGGGAGGACCAGAACAGCCAUCUGCCCAUCUAGCUAUCUGUUUCAUCUAGCUAAUUAUUCUAGCUAGCUGGCCAGCCAGCCAGCCAGCCAGCCAGCCAACCAACCAACCAACCAGCACAGGCAAACACACCCGGCGUCCCGAGAGGGCCAAACACCAUCUAGGAUGAUCGCGAGUCCUUGCUUGGAUCCAAAGAAAUACAACCACAAGGACCAGAGAUAAGAAAUUGCACAAGAAAGAUUCAUAAAUCCAUUUGAAAUAUUACUGCGAACUAAAAAUUUUGAUGUUUU